AUGACUGGCUUUCCGGAUAAUCUGAAACCCAGUGAGCCAAAUGGCCCCAGCAUCUUGGAAAGAGAAAGAAAGAACUCUCAGAUUUCUGUGACGGAAAUAGCGAACCAUCUUUAUGCGCAUAAUGGGUUCCUUAAGCGACAAUCUCGGGUGCUUUCUCUCCUUCUGAAGGAGCCUCUAUUCAGCAAGACACAACAGGCACAGUUAUCACGCAUCGAUCGCUUCAAACUGGCCGUUGCGCGGGGGAAACUGAUCCGUCGGCUUCAAGAUGUUCAUCAAUGGAGCUUGGAGGACUACAAAAUGGCCCAUUACCUUGUGGAUGAACCGACUCCGUAUCACCUGCACAUGCAGAUGUUCCGCACGACCAUCUUGGAACAAGCCAGCGAUGAGCAGAAGGAUUUCUGGCUGCCUAAGAUUGAGAGUUGGGAUAUCAUUGGCGCGUACGCACAGACGGAGCUAGGUCAUGGCAGUAAUGUUCAAGGGAUAGAGCUCCAAGCUCGUUGGGACAUGAAGGAGGGGGAGUUUGUGCUUCAUAGUCCCACCCUGACUGCCAGUAAGUGGUGGAAUGGUACUCUCGGCCGGAUGGCCAACCACGCGGUUGUCAUGGCCAGGUUACUUCUACCGCAGCCCGCUGGCGAUUACGUUUCCCACGGCCCGCAGGCGUUCAUCGUUCAGGUCAGGGAUCUCAAAACCCACCUUCCCUUGGAUGGUGUGAUAAUCGGAGACAUUGGACCCAAGUACGGGUACAAUACGAUGGACAAUGCAUACAUGCUGUUUAACAGUUUUCGAAUCCCUCACUCCGCCUUGCUGUCGCGUUAUGCGCAUCUCAAUCCUGAGACGGGCGUGUUUACCAAGCCAGAGAAGCCGGUAGCGGUGUAUGGAUCAAUGACGAACGUCCGAGCCAAUAUAGUUCACGAUGCGGGGUUGGCGUUAGCCCGGGCUGUCACGGUAGCGGUUCGUUAUACAGCGAUCCGACGACAGUUCCGAGACCGUGACUCGUUAGAUCCCGAUAGUGGUGAGCUCGCCGUCCUCGAUUAUCCGACGGUGCAGAUCCGAAUCCUACCGCUUCUGGCUGCCGCAUUUGCACUCCACUAUACAGGACGUGCUAUGUACGAGAGCUAUCAUCGAGCGCGCCAUGAUAUUGAACAAGGAAACUUCCAGGGUUUGGCUCAUAUGCACAGUCUCUCAUCGGGGCUGAAGAGCCUGUGCACCACAAUGACGGCAGAUGGCAUCGAGGUUUGUCGUCGGUCGAUGGGAGGCCAUGGGUUUGGUGGAGGGAGUGGUCUCAUCCAGCUUAACAACGACUAUCUGGCAAAACCCACGGUCGAGGGUGAUAACUGGAUGAUCACACAGCAAUCUGCCUCUCACCUAAUUAAGCAAAUGAGGUUUGCUGUCGGGACCUUGAACAGCCCGCCCGCCGACGAGACGGAUGCUGGUUUCAAAUAUUUCAUCAAGCAUCGUACCGUGGCGAGAACCUUCGAUAUCUUGGGAAAUGAUGAAGAUAUCUGCGCGAGCUUUCAAUGGAAGGCAAGCUACCAGGCCUACGAGGUAUACCACGAGAGGGUAGUCAAAAAUAGCCGAUGGAACAAUAUCCUACUCCAGCUUCACCAGCUCAGCCAAUCCCAUGCGCAACUUUUCAUGGUCAAAACCUUCUUUGACUCUUUGAACUCAUGUCCCGAUAUGUCGCCAUUAACAAAGGAAGUGCUUCUAGACCUUUUCCGUCUCUUGGCCCUGACGAUAAUAAAAUCUGAGAGUUACGACUUCCUUCGCUCUGGUGCAGCCUCCCCAGUCUGUCUCGACGCCUUACCUGCCAAGAUACAGUUCCUGAUGGCCCAGAUUCGGCCUCAUGCGGUUAACCUCGUUGAUUCUUGGAUGAUACCUGAUUAUCUCCUGGAUAGCGCAUUGGGCCGUUCUGAUGGCCAGGUGUACGAAGAUUUAUUCCAUCGUGCUCACAGGCUGAACCCGUUAAACAAACUAACAUUUAACCCUAACUACCUGGACGACGAGAUUGUCAAGGGUACUGGAGAAAAUGCGCUAGGCAUUCUAUCCAAGAUGUGAUUUUGAAGGAAUUAGACACGAAGCAAAGUUGUUCCCUUCCUCUGCGGAGGAUUGCCAGGCUUAGAGAUUGAAUUUAAUCAAUAGCAUAUUUAUACACUUUGAAA